GCACUGCGCAGUUUAUGUUGAUGUGAUUUUGCUGUGAGUUUCUGCUAAAACGCUUUUUGCAAACUCGAAACAAAAGUACCGCAACAUGUCAAAAGACCUUUGGUUAGAAAAUUAUGAUGCAGCUUGUAGGCUGGCUCAAGAAAUUGCAGAAAACAUCCAUGAAAGAAACAGACAGCAGAGGACUGGAGGAAACCCAGCCAAGAUCAACAUGACCCUGAGAGCAUCAUUACAGAAGCUAAAACAGAAUAUAGCACAACUCAGAGAGACUCUGAAUCGAGCAGCUGUUCAACGCCAUAUAAUGCAAGCUGAAGCAGACAGAAGACAGAGCCUUGUUGAUGAUCUCGCUUCUAGAGAAACAAGACUGAACGCUUCUUUCAAAGGAGACAUAACAGAAGCUGAGCCAUCAAGGUCAACUCUGAUGGCAGGUGGAAAUGGGUCUGGAUCUGCAGUGAAUCCGUGGCUUAUUAAUGAAUCUGAGGAGACCAAAGGACUAAGCUUUGGAGAAAUCAAAAACCAACAACAGCAGAUUAUCGAAGCCCAGGAUGCUGGCCUGGAUGCUCUGGCGUCAGUCUUAAGUAGACAAAAACAGAUGGGUCAAGAAAUCGGCAAUGAGCUAGAUGAACAAAACAUCAUUGUUGUGACCUCUUGGUUGAAAUAAUG